AUGCCUAGAGCCCACCAUCAAAAUACAUGGCAGCCACCCCAUCCGGGUUGGUUGAAGUGCAACGUGGAUGCGGGAUUCAAUACUAGUCUUGGUACGACUAAUGGAGGUUGGUGUGUUAGAGAUAGUGGUGGAAGAUUCAUGGUGGCGGGUACUUUGUGGAAUAGGGGAAAUGUCUCUAUUGUUGAAGCUGAAGCAAUUGCUUUGAAGGAAGUCAUCCAAGGUGCCAUCAACUUACACUUGCAACACAUCAUCUUUGAAAGCGAUUCCCAAAUUGUGGUUCAAGCUACUAAGGAUCCUUCAUUGGGUAAUUCUGAAUUUAGUUUGAUUAUUAAUAGUAUCCGUAAUUUACUUAGUUCCCGUAACGACUUUGAGGUCAAGUUUGUUAAGCGUCAAGCUAAUUGUGUUGCCCAUAGUCUUGCUAAGGCGGCCAAUUUUUGGUCUCGGCGCGCAGUUCUUUAUUGGAUUCCUCAGUGUAUUGAACAAUUUUUAAUUAAUGAUAUGAAUUGA